GACCAUCCCAAACUCAUGAUGUGGACAGUAGAGCGGUCAUAUGUGGUGGACCAGCAUGGCAAACACUAUAGGUGUGGUAGUGUAGUAUUAUUGACAAAUGUUACACAUGCUGUCAAACUGAUACCAGAAUAUGGUGAGAAGGUCAAGAAGGACAUUUCUGUGAUGACAUGUUUGGAGUCCUAUGACUGGUUUUUUCUGAAUAACUUUGCAGAUAAAGAAAGUUAUCAUAUGUUUAGUACAGAGUUCACAUAG